AUGGCAUCGCUAGGAACUCCAGCCGUUGUCAUGGACAAUGGUACUGGAUUGACGAAAUUAGGAUUCGCAGGAAAUGAUUCACCAUCUUUUGUCUUUCCAACUGCUAUUGCUACUUCAUCUUCGUCCGUUAAAGGAUCAAAGUCUGCCUUAAAAUCUUCAUCUUUGUCUUCUAAAAGAGGUUUAGAGGACUUGGAUUUUUUCAUUGGGGAUGAGGCACUAAGUGCUGCGAAUGGUCCGAACUAUAAUUUGUCUUAUCCAGUAAAGCAUGGCCAAGUCGAAAACUGGGAUCAUAUGGAAAGGUUCUGGGAGAAUUCGAUUUUCAAGUAUUUGAGAUGUGAACCAGAGGACCAUUACUUUUUGUUGACCGAACCGCCCCUAAAUCCUCCAGAAAAUAGGGAGAGUACUGCCGAAAUCAUGUUUGAAUCAUUCAACUGCGCUGGUUUAUAUAUAGCUGUGCAGGCAGUCUUGGCGUUGGCUGCUUCGUGGACAUCUUCUAAAGUGCAAGAUAGAUCUUUAACGGGUACCGUUAUAGAUUCGGGAGAUGGAGUAACCCACGUUAUACCUGUUGCGGAAGGAUAUGUAAUUGGAACUGCAAUAAAGAAUAUUCCAUUAGCAGGAAGGGAUAUCACGACAUUCAUACAGUCUUUGUUGAGAGAUAGGGGUGAGUCAGAUACAUCCUUACAAACAGCUGAGAAGAUUAAGCAGCAAUUUUGCUAUGUUUGUCCUGAUAUCGUAAAGGAAUUUAAGAAAUUCGACCAAUAUCCUGAAGAAAAGUUUGCUCAGUAUAUAGUUGAAUACGCUGACAAGAAGAAAACUGUCGAUGUCGGCUAUGAGAGAUUUUUAGCCCCAGAAAUGUUUUUCAAUCCGGAAAUUUACUCUUCUGAUUACUUAACACCUCUACCAACUGUCGUGGACCAAGUAAUUCAAGCAUCGCCCAUUGAUGUUCGAAAAAAGCUUUACAAAAACAUUGUUUUGUCUGGGGGGUCCACUAUGUUCAAAGACUUUGGCAGAAGAUUGCAGAGAGAUUUAAAAGGUUUGGCUAAUGAGAGAAUCGAACUCAGUGAAAGAUUAAGCGGCGUGAAAAGUACAGGUGUUGAUGUACAGGUUAUUUCUCAUAAAAGACAAAGAAAUGCAGUGUGGUUCGGAGGAUCUUUACUCGCUCAGACAUCUGAAUUCAAAAGCUACUGCUAUACUAAAGCUGAUUAUGAUGAAUAUGGACCUAGUAUUGUUAGAAAUUUCUCUCUUUUUUCUGUUCCAUAA